UUUCAUACGAUCAAUUGCUAAACAUUCUGUAUACAAAGCAUACUGCUCAUUCCACUCAUUCGCACUAUUAUUAUUACUAAUCACUUUAUUUCCCUUCAUCAAUUUACCCAUUACCGAUUCUAUAUUGCUUGAUUACCCAUUCAAUUAUUCAUUUAGAUCAGUUAAAUUCUUGUUAAAACAAUUGGCGCCGUCUGUGGGAAAUUCUUGCAAAAAGAGAAUCAACUAUGGCCAAAGCUUCAAACACCUUGAUAGAGGAGAUUCAAGCACAACUAGAAGCCGUCCGAGAAGAGCUCCGCGCAUCCAAAAGUUCUGACGCAGCACAAUUAGAAGCUGUCCGGGAGGAAAUGCGUCAACGAAUCGUCUUCCUCCAAGGUGAAAAUGACGCUUUGAGAUCUCAGGUGCAAUCGGUGGCAUCCAUAGCCUCAAGCUCACGACGGGGCGAAGAUGUGGCUACCAUGGCAACGAGACUGGACACGGGUUCGAUUCCGGCUUCAACCGAACCUUUCAUCCCUCACUUCGGGGCCGACACAUCUGGAGGAGCAGGCCCAUCAACUCGUUCCUUUCCACCCCCAAAUCCCAGAAGGAACAUAUUCCGAAAUCUGUUUGCACAGCCCCAGAGACAACAUGUUCCAAAUCAUGUCGACAUUCCCAGAUAUGUCGACAUCAACAACCAGAGGCGACAAGUUCCAAGCCAUGUCGACAUCCCCAGACAUGUCGACAUCAUUGAUCGAAGCUGUCAGGAGCCAGAGGUCGUCACCAUAUAUUCGUCUCCCGAAGGAGCGGAUCCGCAGAUACAAACAAACUUGACAUAACUGGUGUUGUUCGGUUCGGACAUGUAUUGAGGGAAGGAAAUUGGCCCGCUCAUUUCUUAUCUAGAUGCAACUCAGAUAAAUUUAAUGUUAUUAUUAAUUAUGUUGACAUUCCUUGCCAUAUUAAGAAAGCUCUACUUACAGAUAAACUUGGUCUUAGUUAUUUUAGAAUUUUUUAAUUUUUGUUGUAUUUUUCAUUGGGUCAGGUCUAGCCCCCCCAAUGAAUUUAUUCUUAUCUGGUUUCGUUUUUAUUAUUCC